UGCAGUCCACGAUGGCACCUGCUGCCGUAAACAGCGUGGACGAAACUGGAAUGGAAACGGAGAACAACAUACUUUACGAACUUCUAACGUACUCGGAAUGGCAGCAGGAGCCCGAGAAACUGAGCAGGGCAGCUUUCGAGAGAUCAGAAGAUGCCAAAGGAUCAGGAUUUUGGGGCUGGCUUGGAUUGCUGGCCACAUCGAUGUCCAGUAUACCGCCCGCUGUUCAAAGGCUCCGCUCUUUUCACAUGGAAUGGCACUUUGUCGUUGGAGGUGAUGGCAAGCUUUUAGCGAUACUACAGGACCAGUGUGUGGAAAUUAGGUCCUCAAAGGAUGAAUAUGCAACUAUCAUUGGCCGUGGAAUCGUGCCCCGUGAUCCAAUGCCUCAGUGGAGACGCAUCGCGUGGUCUCCAGACUGCAGCUUGCUGGCCGUUGCACUGAGCACUGGGCGCGUUGAGUUCUUUGACACUGUGGGCAGCACACUUUUCCACAUCCCAGAGCCAGUGGUGCAGAUUGAAGGAGUUCUGCACGACAUCAGUUAUGCCAUGGCUGGCAUUCUCUUCACCGAAGCUCGCGUGCACAAGACACAGUGGUCCUAUGAGUUCAUAACAGUCAACUACAGGGGCGAGCUUAAAAGCUACCUGCUAAGCCCAUCUGAAGGCUACCGGGACAACCAUACCCUGACCCUGGCGUCCUUCUACUCCAAGGGAGUGACCAGUGUCCAGUAUCACCCGUCUCACCAGGUCCUCUUUGUGGCAGGCCGCUCACCCUUGCUCCCGGCAAGUGGAGAUGAUAGUAACCACGGCUCAGCCCUGGAAUUCGGCAUCACAGCCUGGCGGUUUCUCUCUGACUAUCCCCAUUACAAGCUGGUCACAACGCUCAGUGAUGACAUGCUGCGCAUGAAUCCAAGGCGGUUCUUGACGAAGAUGAGCUUUUACUACAAGCAGACAGAGGAUAUUGUUUACCAGCUAAGCAUCUCCCCAUCUGGAACUAAAGUGGCCGCUGCUCACACGUCAGGAGCACUUUCUGUUUGGACUGUUCCUUCUCUUACAAGGUUAAGCCUCUGGCGGCUGGAAGACAUGCCCAAGUUUGACCACCUAAACCCUCAAGCGCACAAGCUGAACAAACGCCGCUACCUUUCUCUUCGUCCAGAGUCUGCACACCUCACCAUUAGUGACAUGAACUGGUGGUCAGACGAUUGCCUGAUCUUGGCUCAUCACUCGGGCGCAGUCAAGGUAGUCUCCCUCCUGUCUCGACGAAACCUUUUGGGUGAAAGCCCAGAGUGGUUCGAGUUCUCACCACAAGUGUCUGGACUUUUUGAUCGUGGAUUUCUUACUCUUGAGUGCGAGUGGCUUUUUGCUGGAAUCAGAACUCCCGUUGACACCAUCGAUGCUGGCGAGAGCAGUGACGAGGAGACCUUGCCCCCGUCGCUGUCUGGUAAAGCUAGCAGUGUGUUCCGACAUGCCCUCUACUACGUCACCGACAGCGAACGCUUUGCACCGCCAAGAAAAAAGCCCAUAAUCAUCACUAAGCUUUAUCGACUGCUGUGCGUGAAGUCGACAACACCAGAAGAACUCUUCGCAGCCAAGAUAGAUGCGGAAGAGUACGGUGAAGCAUUGGAUUUGGCUCGAACCUAUGGAUUGGACAGCGACCUCGUCUACCAGCGCCAGUGGCGCAGGUCAUCCGCAUCUGUUGCAGCUAUCCAGGAUUACUUGAGCAAGAUCAAGAAGUGCACCUGGGUGAUUCACGAGUGCAUGGAGAGGGUUCCCGAAAACCUGGAGGCGGCUCGCCAACUGCUCGAGUUUGGGCUCCAAGGCACGGAUGUGGAGGCCCUGGUUGCAUGUGGGCAGGGCAGAAACAGUGGAAAGUUCGUUCUGAGCAAGCCACCUGUCUACAACAAUGAGUACGAGGACAAGGACCUCUCCGAAAUACAGCUUUUAGAGAAGCAGAAAGCAGCCACGCAGCAGUGGCGGAAAGAGUGGCUCACAAAAGUGGACUUUCACAACUUGUCUUUAGACCAACGGUGGCUCUGCGAAUGCCGCUUGAAGCUUCUUCUGUACCUAGACAGGCUGGCCAUGUAUGAGAUCUAUGAGGAAUUGACACUGUCUCCUGAGAAGUUUGAUGCUGAGUUCUUCGAAAGCUUUCGAUGCCAGCCACCGCUUGAAGCGGCCCUUUCAUUCGCACAAGAAGGCAAUGCCCCGGCCGUGUCAACGUUGUUCACCUACGCUGGUGUGGCCACUCUGCCGCACUGGCUCACUGUUAUGAGCAACUUCCCAGAGACCCUGCCUCCAUCUCAUUAUUCCACUUGCCUUCCCAAGGCCAGGAUAACAGAACAAGGCACACGUGAAGUGAUCUCAUGGGAUACACAAGACCUUAGGGAGAAAGAUUGGUGUGAAGAAAUGAUUCAAGAGGCACCAAUGGUGGCUGUGUGGAAUGCAUAUGACAAAGAUUUCUACGAUGACAACCCUUUACUGCAAAAGUGGUGGACCGAGGAGCCAACUUGUGAGAUGCUGACACAGUGGUAUUCGGAGCGAGCUCACGAGAUUGAAGAGAUGACUUCUCUGGUGGACAAUGCCUUGGAGCUGGUCAAGAUCGGAUGCUUGAACAAUGUCGAGGGUCUAGGCAAGCUCUAUGGUGACCUUCUUACGCUGGAAACGCUCGUGUAUGAGUGCCGCAUCAGCCAGCCAUUGACACUUACUCAGCUGGAGCAAAUGUCGGAUGGCGAAAAGAUCAGGAUUCUGAUGAGCAUGAGUUCAGACAAGAAGUACGUCCUGUGCUUCCGGGAUUGGUUGCUGCCAUUUUUAAAUCGGUGCGAGCAGGCUUCUCCCGGAAGUCGCCGCCGCCUGCUGGGAGAAUUCCUCUCGGAGACGGCAAAAGAAGAUCUUGCGCCUUGUGUGCAGAUCUUCGAGAACUCCGACCUGGAGGAUCCGGAGCGAAUAUUGCAAGAUGCUCAUGAACUUGCAGAACUGGCUUUGUCUUGCAUUCGCAGCUGUCAAAGAGAUGACCAACUGGACUACAUUGAAAGAAUCAUAAAGUGUGUUCCACAGCGAGGGGCAAGCGGUGAAAACGAUAGCGAGGAGCUCAAGCACUUACAUGACCAGCUGGAUGCUCUUGAAAGCUAUAUUGAGGUUGCAGAGUGUUUUCAUCGUUACGGCGCCAAAAUCUGCAUCAAGACGGUCGUUGAAAGUGUCAGUGAUGUAAAACAACUCGAGCUCUUGUUGAAGAAGGUCACAUCUGCAGCCCUGAAGAGGUCUCCUCCACUUACAGAAAAUGAAUGGAGCUCUUUCUUGGAUGAUAUAUUGCUGUUUCAGAAGAACGUCUUUAGCAGCCUCACAGUACCUGACUGUGUCAAGAUGGUGGCACAUGCCCUGCUUGGUUCAGGGAAUCGGGAGUUUAUUGGAUCUGCAUCAAAACUGCUGCUGUGCAACCAAGAAGGCAUGUCCUCCAAACUGAAGCACCCAAACAGCUUGCCAUUCAAGACCUCAGUGGAUCUGGUCCUUUCUGCUGCCAGGGAAUAUGUCGAUUCUGCAGCAUCGCACAUGGAUUCUUGCAUUCCUCUUGCGAGGGCGUGUUUGCAGAUAUUGGACAAUAGGCUUCCUGAAGUGAAGGCAGAGUUGGACUUUCUGUCAGCACUGCCUUUGUUGAGCCAGUUCAAAGUUCCUGCACUUCCCAUUCAAGCUCGACUCUGUGAUAAGAUGGAGCUGAUCAGAGAGGCUCUAAACCACACACCAAAUGCCUACAAACAGUCCGACAAGAUGCUCAAGCUGGCGGAACUGUUGCACUUGUACGGCGAGGACACAGCAAGACGUGAAGGAGCUGUUCUCUCUCUGCUUGCGAAUGUUGCCCUUGAGGAUGCAGACUACAAGCACUGCUAUGAAGUUUGCCAGAAGCUGAUGGCCGGGUACCACUCUGAAGGCUGGAAGAUAUGCCAGAGCCUUGGAGAAUGCACCGAGUUCAAUGAUCUUGCCGCUCGGCAGAAACUGCUUGCAUUCUCUCUUUGCUACUGUCCGGACACUGCGGUGGACAAGCUCCUGAAGGCUACCCAGAUGCUGGAAUUGCAGGAGAUCUACCAACAGCUUGAUCUUCCUCAGGACGAGGUGUCCGGCAGUGCUAGCAGAGAAUCCACUCAGCUGCCUGACUGCAAGGAGGUGUCCUCGUGGGGCUCUGGAGACUCCGUGAAGUCAGACGGUAGCCAAGAGAACUCCUGGGGCAUCGUAGGCUUCACGGCGGGGAAAACUCGUUCCAUGCUGACAACCCUUGGCAGUGCUGACUUCUGGAAAAGCACAGUCAGGAAUCUCACUAACGUCAAGCGCCGGAAGCCAGUUCAGAGGACUGCAUCCACGGUCCGCUCCAACACCGAACUUGAGCAGUUUGCUGUCCCACACUUCUACCAGUCUGUCUUUCAAGAUGUUUAUGUGAGCAAGUACAGUCCAUCAUGUGGGAAAUGGGACAGCCCCAACAUGAGCCCCGUGCUGGUCGAUCUCUUCAAUGUUCUCAGGGCAUCCAUGAUCGCAGAGGCCAUUGAUGACAAGUCACCCUCAGCUCAGUGCUCAUAUGAAAGCCGCAGCUCCAUCCUACUUGGUUUGGCCAAGGGCAUUUUGCCAGAUGACACACUUCUGGCGAUGUGCUGCCUUUUUGGUGUCCAACAUCUGGACCAGGUGGAAGAGUUCUUCCUGAACUUGCCGAGCACACCACUAGUCUUGAGCGUCGCCUCCUACUUCUUCUCACUCUUGGUCCUCGUCACCCUUAAUCCGGAUGACACAGACCGACUGAUUUCACUUGAUGCCCAGCAGGUGGUGCAAGAGGUGUCAAGCAAGAACCAAGACGCACUUAGUGACGAUGCACUUGUUUGCGCGAAACUUUCCUCAAAGUUCUGCAAGAUGCAGGCUGACCUUGCUCAGGCCGAGCUGCUGAAAAGGCAGGGCGGAAGCAUUGAUGUGGAGCGUUUUGCCGAAGACAAUCGCUACAAGGCAGAAACAAUUCUUGGGAUGGCUCUCACACUGGACCAAGAAGCUUUGCAUGCGGCCAUCUCCCUGGCCAGGACAUACGACAUUCCCGUCUGGGAUGUUUAUAUGUGCCAUUUGGAAUUUCUAUUCUCUGAAGGAUGUGACAUGGCUGAUAUCGAACAGCGCCUUCUCACGGGUGGCAUGCUGGAGGUCCUAGCUUCCAACCCUGAAUCUCUUAGGGAAAAGCUGCUGAGCAGAAUCUACCCAUCACUUAAUGGAUCCGACCACGGACUCAUGAGGUUUUUCUACAAGCUGCUCGAGAAGUGUGGCCAAGCAUUCACCGACGACUUGGGUCUGAGGCCUUCCGACCAUCUCAAGCUCCUCGAGAGGCUUCGGUCAGCAUGCCCUCAAAUCGACUACAAAGCCUUACUGGAGCCAGGGAAUUCACCUCUUAGUGUGUUCAGCCCAUUUGUGAACAAAGACACAGUCGAGGCCAUUUCAGAAUUGGCUCCCACCAUUCCCUGCCGUGAUGGCAGCCGUUUGACGCCCUCCUCCAUUUAUUGCGCAUGGGCUACCAAGCUCUUCCUUUCAAAGGGAGGAGAAACAGUGCUAACAACGACUGAGUGGACUAAGCACUUUGAUGAGUGCCGUGGCUACCUUGAGAACCUUUCUCCAGCAGAUCUUGUGACGUUUGCAGAAUCAGUCGCAUUUGACAAGGUGUCGCUUGAACGUGUCAGCCGAAGAAUACGCCUAGAUGUCGUGAGGCAGUGCCUGAAACUUUCGAAGCAGUAUCACGUCGACAAGAUACCCAAAAUUGGAUCCGAAGAGGAAUGGAAAGAUGCUGCGAAAACCCUCCAGAGCUACCUGUCACACUUGCAGAGGAUAGCAGACGGAGUAUUGGACGAAGCUGUUGACCCCAGCAAUCCUGUAGUUCAGAGCUAUGCAACUGAGUUUGAGCUUUCACGGGGCAUUCCACAGAAGUUGGAAGCCAUGCUACUUCGUUGUGCCAUGUCGGAAACCACACCUGGCCUGUUGCAAUCCCUGCUAUCCUGCUGCCCACCAAACACAGUGGACAAGCAACCUGCAGACAUAUACUCGGAUUCGAUCUUGCUCGCUUCAGAACAGCUCAGAAAUCCAGAAAAGAAGUUGCACGACGUGUUCGACUCGAUGACACCUGAGGAAGUCCUGGAACGUAUUCUUCGCCAAGUUCUCGAAGAAAGUGAUGAUGUGUUUGUUGGAGACAUGGUACUCGACCUGCUGAGACCUUUCUGUCUUGACAGCAGCGUAUCAAUUCAUGUGCGCCUCAAGGUGCUGGAGAUACUUGAGAAGAAUGUUUCGCUGAAUGCUGACGAUGAGAACCUUCUACUGCUCCUUCAAGUGCAGACAUUAAUCUGGUCCGAGUGGCCAGACUACGAGCUUGACGAAUGCACUGAAUUGGACGGUGACAAGAGGCAGGCCAUGUUUGAUGAACUCCUUCAACGCUGCAGCACACAGUCAGGCUUUGUUGUCCUUGGAAAGCUCCUUCAGUGUGGUGAACCUCUGGAUUCCACAUCAGAAUUGGAUCCAGAAAAGAAUCCUUGGACUCAACUGAUAGGCAAGAUGCUUUUAGUUUGUGAGGGGGGAUCGGGUUUGGAUGAAGCCGAAAGCCUCUUCUUAACUGCAAUCAAGAACUGCAGCCUCAAUUUAGAAUGUUGCCGUUAUAUUUUCUGCGAGUUCGAGAAGAAGAACAGCCUGAUUCACAUACUUCGAGCGUUUCUUCAGACUGAUUUUCCACAGCUUCAUAGUGACGCAGUCGCAUACCUGAAGCAUGUUGAUAAGAUUUCGGAAUGCGACUAUGAUGAGACUGUGUUGAACAGGAUUUUGCAGCUGAGGUUUCUUCCUGAUGUGGUGUCAACGCCACUGUACCGACCAGUCAUAGACCACCUGAUUGCUAACAAAGACUCUGCAGAAAAGCACUUCAGCAUUCAGGAGGCAACGAGGAGCCUCACCGAUGCCAAUAUGCUCGCGGAAGCGGGCACGCUGUUACUGCAAUUAUCACGAACACACCUUGCCGCAUGCACCUUCAACACAGCUGUGAAUGCUGCGAGGAGAUGGCUUCGAGGAAUGACCAGUGAACCUUAGUGAAGUGUAAAUUUCUCUAGAAGCUAUAGACUUCCUAAUUGAAUACACAUUGAUGCUGUGAUUAUCAAAUAUUUUUUAUUUAACUCAUG